AUGUCAAACCCUCAAUCAUUUGUGACUGUGAGGAGUCAGGCGAUCUCAUUGGAAUCACAGGCAGAAUCACUGCUUUCUCGGUAUUCUUCAUUCGCACAGACAACAAGUUCAGAAGCUACUGGGAAGGAGAAAAAUCUCGACAAACUACUAGAGGAAAAUAUAUCCAAGAGGCGGGAAGUUAUCGAGUCGUUGACCCACAUCUGUGACGAAAACCCCAAUAUCUCAGCUUCGAAACUUUCCCAAGUACAGCGUCAUAAAGAAGUAUUACAAGAGCACUGGAAAAAUUUCAGAAAUAUUAGAUCAUCGAUCCAACAGGAGAGGAAUAGAUUGAAUCUAUUGUUCAGUGUAAAAAAUGAUAUCGCUCAACAGCAGGAUGAUCUAGAGGCUGGUGCAAAUUUGGGUAACAAUGAAGAUGAGUAUUUUCAAAACGAAACGAGAAGAGUGGAUCAAUCACAUAAUAUUAUCGAUAGAUUACUUACUCAAGCAUGGGAAACCAGAGAUCAAUUUGGUGCACAGAGCAGUGUAUUACAAAGUGCCAACAAUAGGAUCUCGGCAACAUUGCAAAGGAUACCCGGGAUUAAUCAACUUAUUGGCAAAAUAGGUACCAGAAGGCGUAAAAAUGCCAUUAUACUGGCUACAGUCAUUGUCAUUUGCAUGUUACUCCUGUUCUUUACAUGGUAA